CUCUCUCUCUCUCUCUCUCUCUCUCUCUCUCUCUUUCUGAGUCGUUUCCCACCGGUGCCGAAUCCGUGUUUUGUCUCAAUUGCCCAUUUCCUCUCUCUCUCUCUCUCUCUCUCUGAACUGUGAUUCUCAGGCCCUUAAUCUGACAGAAAAGUCAAAAUAGAGUUUCAGAGAUUGUGUGAACCCUAGAUCGUUUGUGGUGUAGUGGAAGAAACCUAAUUUGUUGUUGUUUUUGGUUUAGAUGGUCAGCGGUAAAUGUUUUUGAUGAUUUUGGAGUGAGUACCAAGUAAUUCUCAGUUCUAGUUUUGUCAAUGCGUUUGUGAUGAAUUUCGUUUUGGAAGGAUAGGGGGAUUGGAUUUGGUUUAAUUUUGUUGUGGGGUUUAUUGGAGGGGAUUAGGGUUUGUUGUAUAUGGCGUCUCCUCCAUUUGAGUUGGAGGAUCAGACGGACGAGGAUUUUUUUGAUAGAUUGGUUAAUGAUGAGAUUGACUGUACUGGAUCUGGGGCUAGUGCUGUGCAGAAUGAUUUUGUAGAUGAGGCAAAAGCGCUAUCUAAUCUAAGCAUUGCCGAAGUGGGUGCCACCGGAGUAGACUCUGGCGGCAAUGUUGGUUUUGGGAUUGAUGGUGAAAUGGGUCUGGAUGAUCUAGUUGUGUCUGCAUCCUUAGAUGCCAGUGAGGACACUAUGGUUGGUAAAGAGAGUGAUUCAUUGACCCCUGGAAAUGCAAAUGAGUAUAACAGUGUAAUUGGCAAAGAGAGCAUUUCAUCACUACCUAGUAAUACAAAUGAGGUUAGUGAAGUGGGGAUAGGAGAGGAAGGUGCAUUGGAUAGUACAGUGGGUAAGAAUAGUGUGCCUUCAGGUAUGGGCGUGAAAGUGGUUCAAUGGAGUUCAUUUGGCUCGGAGGUGGAUGCUGGCGGUGGUGGAUUUGAUUCGUACUCAGAUUUCUUUAGUGAAUUGGGAGAUGUCACUGGAGACCCAUUUACGAGUGUGGCGAAUAUGGGCAAGUCGGGGACAGAAUCUAAUGUUGUGGAUUUGGCGGCCUCGAGUUAUGGGCAACAUCAAGAAGGCCAAAACUAUGGGGUGGGUACGGGGCAGCAUGUAAAAGGUGAGGAUUUGAGUAGUAGUCAAUAUUCGGAAAAUCUUUAUCCUGGUUGGAAGUAUGAUGUGAGCACUGGGCAAUGGUAUCAGUUGGAGGGUAAUGAUGCAAAUGCAAACACAAACACAAACACUGAUACUAAUGCGAAUGCAAAUGCUCGUGCAAUGAGUGAUGAGGUUCUUUCAGACCAUGCGAGUGUGGCGAAUAUGGGCAAGUCGGGGACAGAAUCUAAUAUUGUGGAUUUGGUGGCCUCGAGUUAUGGGCAACAUCAAGAAGGCCAAAACUAUGGGGUGGGUUCAGGGAAGCAUGUAAAAGGUGAGGAUUUGAGUAGUAGUCAUUAUUCGGAAAAUCUUUAUCCUGGGUGGAAGUAUGAUGUGAGCACUGGGCAAUGGUAUCAGUUGGAGGGUAAUGAUGCAAAUGCAAACACAAACACUGAUACUAAUGCGAAUGCAAAUGUAAAUGCUCGUGCAAUGAGUGAUGAGGUUCUUUCAGACCAUGCGAGUGUGGCGAAUAUGGGCAAGUCGGGGACAGAAUCUAAUGUUGUGGAUUUGGCGGCCUCGAGUUACGGGCAACAUCAAGAAGGCCAAAACUAUGGGGUGGGUACGGGGCAGCAUGUAAAAGGUGAGGAUUUGAGUAGUAGUCAUUAUUCGGAAAAUCUUUAUCCCGGGUGGAAGUAUGAUGUGAGCACUGGGCAAUGGUAUCAGUUGGAGGGUAAUGAUGCAAAUGCAAACGCAAACACUGAUACUAAUGCGAAUGCAAAUGCUUGUGCAAUGAGUGAUGGGGUUCUUUCAGACCAUGCAUUGGGUGCUUAUUAUCAGCAGCAAACAGCUCAGGCACAGUCUGUUGUUGGAACUGUGGCUGAGGGCUGUACAACUGGCAGUGUCUCUCACCAGAAUCAGCAAUCUCAAGGAACUAUGCAAUAUCCAGCUCAUAUGGUGUUUGAUCCUCAGUAUCCUGGUUGGUACUAUGACACAAUCACUAAUGAAUGGAAAUUGUUGGAAUCUGAUAUUCCAAUUUCAAAUCAGUUAAAAAGUGUAGAUAAUAAUCAGCAAUAUGUAAGCCAGAAUGUUGAGAAUCAUGGGUCAACAAGUCUGGUUAGUCAAGAACAUGCUGCAAACUGGGAUGGUUCUGUGAGCAGUUACAAUCAGCAAACUGUGAAUAUGUGGCAAACUCAGAAUGUUGCCAAGAAUGAUGCAAUUAGAUUCAAUGGAAAUGAAAAAUUAGGGAACCAUUACACUUCCAUUGGCCAUUUCACUGAUUCUGUGAAUCAUCAAUCGCAGUUCAAUUCAGUUGGAUCAGUUGUUCAAUAUGAACAGUCAAAUCAGAGUGUUGAUGAUAGCAAUAAAGUUUUGGGGUUUCAAAGCUUUAUUCCUAAUGACAAUUUUCCUCAGCAUCAAAGUCAGUCCAAGAAGGAGCUAAAUCAAUUUGUGCAUUUCUUACCUACUCACUUGGAUAGUCAGAAACCAGUAACUUUUUCACAACAGCCGCUCCAGAGUGGGACUCAGUUCUCUUAUGCACCCAGUGAGGAGAGGUCAUCUGCAGGACGACCUCCACAUGCUCUAGUUACUUUUGGAUUUGGUGGAAAACUUAUAGUCAUGAAAGAUAAUAGUUCCUUUAGCACAAACUCCUAUGGGAGCCAGGAGUCGGUAGGAGGUACGAUUAAUGUUCUCAAAUUGAUGGAAGUUGUCAUGGACCAAAAUGAUUCUUCAAGCUUUGGAUGGGGUGUUUGUGAUUAUUUCCAUGCAUUGUGCCAGCAAUCUUUUCCUGGUCCUUUGGUUGGCGGAAAUGUUGGAAAUAGAGAGUUAAACAAAUGGAUUGAUGAAAAGAUUGCUAACUUUGAAUCUCCACACGCGGAUUACAGGAAAGGCGAAGUUUUAAGAUUGCUUUUUUCUUUGCUGAAAAUAGCGUGUCAAUAUUAUGGAAAACUUCGAUCACCCUUUGGAACUGACCAAGCAUUGAUGGAAAGUGAUUGCCCUGAGUCGGCUGUUGCUAAGCUCUUUGCUUCUGUCAAAAGAAAAAGCGAGUAUGGUGCACUUGCAUUCUGCUUGCAGAACUUGCCUUCUGAAGAACAGAUUCAGGCUACUGCUAUUGAGGUACAGAGUCUUCUUGUCUCUGGUAGGAAGAAAGAGGCUUUGCAAUGUGCACAGGAAGGUCAAUUGUGGGGUCCAGCACUUGUUCUUGCAUCUCAGCUUGGUGAUCAGUUUUAUGGUGAUACUGUGAAGAAAAUGGCACUUAACCAAUUCAUAGCAGGAUCGCCAUUGCGGACUUUGUGCCUGCUUGCUGCUGGGCAGCCUGCUGAUGUGUUUUCUAGUGCCACUACUGGUAGCAGCUUACCUGGUUCUGUGGAUGCGUAUCAGCAGGCUGCCAAGAUUGGGGCUAACUGCAUGCUAGAUGAAUGGGAAGAGAAUCUAGCAAUCAUAACUGCAAACAGAACGAAAGAUGAUGGGCUUGUGAUCAUUCAUCUUGGAGAUUGCCUAUGGAAGGAGCACGGGGAGAUCACUGCUGCACACAUAUGCUAUUUAGUAGCAGAAGCCAACUUUGAAACAUAUUCAGAUGGUGCAAGACUUUGUCUUAUUGGUGCAAAUCAUUGGAAAUUCCCACGUACAUAUGCUAGUCCUGAGGCUAUUCAGAGGACAGAAUUAUAUGAGUACUCAAAGGUGCUCGGUAAUUCUCAAUUUCUCCUCCUACCUUUUCAGCCAUAUAAGCUUAUAUAUGCCUACAUGCUUGCUGAAGUUGGAAAAGUUACGGAUGCUCUGAAGUACUGCCAAGCGAUUUUGAAGUCUCUAAAGACUGGUAGAGCACCAGAAGUGGAUAUGUGGAGACAGUUAGUAUCUUCUCUUGAGGAGCGAAUUAGAACCCAUCAGCAGGGUGGUUAUGGCACAAAUUUGGCUCCAACCAAACUGGUUGGUAAAUUGCUUACCUUCUUUGAUAGUACUGCCCAUCGUGUUGUUGGGGGCCUACCUCCACCUGCACCUUCAACUUCGAAUAACAGUGCUCAACAUAAUGAACAUGCUUAUCAACCAGGAGCCCCAAAAGUAUCUAACAGUCAAUCAACAAUGGCAGUGUCUUCAUUAAUGCCUUCAGUUUCGAUGGAACCCAUAAGUGAAUGGACUGGUGAGAACAAAAUGCCUAACAGAAGCAUCUCGGAGCCUGUCUUUGGGAGCGCACCUACAAAGGCUGAUUCGUCCAAGGAAACAAACUCCUCUGGUACGCAACAAAAGGCAUUGGCAUCAGGUGGGUCAUCUCGCUUUGGUCGUUUUGGCUCACAGCUAUUCCAAAAGACGGUGGGAUUGGUCUUAAGAUCCCGACCAGACCGACAGGCAAGAUUGGGUGAGAAGAAUAGAUUCUAUUAUGAUGAAAAGCUGAAGCGAUGGGUUGAGGAAGGUGCUGAACCUCCUCCAGUUGAGGAGGCAGUGUUACCACCUCCCCCAACAACUGCAGCCUUUCAGAAUGGAAUGGAAGAUUACAACAUGAAAGAUGCACAAAAAACCGGAGUUUUUCACUCAUAUGAUGGGCGAGAAACUAAAAGCCCAUUCUCUUCUGAACGGAGUUCUGGGAUCCCACCCAUUCCACCCAGUUCAAACCAGUUCUCUGCACGGGGCCGGGUGGGCGUUCACUCAAGGUAUGUUGACACAUUCAACAAGGGUGGUGGGAGCCCAUCAAACUUGUUCCCAUCACCUGCUAUUGCAGCUGUUAAACCUGGGGGUGGUUCCAACCCCACUUUUUUUAUCCCCUCUCCAGUUUUUGCUGUUGAACAGACAGUUGAAAAACCAGGAGAAAGCAUUCGAGAGACUACUGUGAGCAAUGACAGUCCCCCUUCUUCAUAUAAGGAUUAUUCAUUCUCUUCGCAAAGAACGUCGACUUCAUCAUCAACGAGUCUACAGCGAUUUCCUAGUGUUGAUAAUAUCGUACAAAGGAGAACAGGACCAAUGGCUAAUGACAAUAGCUUCUUAGUUCCCCCUCCGUCCCGGCGUGCAGCAUCAUGGAGUGGAAGCCUUAGUGAUGCAAGUAAUCCUUCAAUGAUGAAUGCAACAAGACCUCUAGGAGAAGAAGUGCACAGGGUGUCGCCAUCUUUGUAUAGGCCUCAUGAUCCUUCAUCAAUGAUGCUCCCAUCAAAUCGUAGUAGUUCUGGGGAUGAUCUUCAUGAAGUUGAACUUUGAGGUUUAGUGAUAGUUGUAACUAAAGCAUGUCAAAGAGAUCACUAGUCAACUCAUCUUGCUGUAAGGCUUGGAGAUGGAGGAUGACAGUUACGGGGAAUUCAGAUUUUCGGUGAAAUCCCUUCUCUACAUUGGACAAUGUUAUACAUCUUAGAUCAACAUAUAUGGUGUUAAAUGCUCCUGCUGGUGCCCCCUCCCCCUUCGCCAUUGUUGAUGUAUUUGAGACCGAGAAAUAGUACACAAACUCCCUCUUUCACACUUUCAAUUGCUUGCUCUCUAAUGUGGCAGUUGCCAAGCCAGCUUCCCACUACAAGGUUUUUUAAUAUUAUAUGCUUAUUCUCUUUCUGUAAUUAUUACUUUAGGGAGUAAGCACUUGAAAGUGUAAAAGAGAAUUUGUGUAGCAUCUCUUUGAGACCAGAUGUCAUGAGGAGAAAGACAGAAGAGGGUAUGGAAGAUAGCAUCCCUUCUUUCUAUUGUCAAGGCUAAAAAUGCUUACCAAAAAUUUGCCAGAAAAAUCAGAAAAGAAAAAGAAAGUUGUAUCC